GCUCGUCAAACAGCAGUCUGGAGUGACCAUGGGUGAAACUGGUUGUAAAGCUUUUGUUCGGUUUUAUAAACUAAGAAUAGAGGUCGAAGUUAGAAUUUUCUGAAUUAUAAUACAAUGACUGCCCCUGAAUUCAAAGACCAAAACUUACAAAUUGCUUGUUUAGAAGCUGAAUUAUCACAUCGUGACACAUUGAUCAAGUAUUUAUCAGAAGAAUUAUUGAAAAUACAUCCAGAAAUUGAUAGAAUAUUUGCUGAAUAUGAAUUACAAGAAGCAAAUUUAACUAAUCAUUUACGUUUACUGAGAUCACGUCUAACUGAAACAAAUUAUCAUUUGGGUCAACAAAAUACCAUCAACAAUCAUCAUCAUCAUCAUCAUACCGAUCGCAUAACACAUAUCACUGCUCAAUCACUGUCUCAACAAAUCACCUUCAAUGUUACAGAUUCUAUUGUUCAUCAUUUUGCUACAGAAAUCAAUGAUAAAAUAAUUCAACCCACUAUAAAUAGUAAUAACAAUUAUGUGAGUCAGUAUCAAACUAUAGAGCAACCAUUAUUAGUUGAAUUAAGCGAACUUGAUUUAGCUACAAGAAAUCUGUUAAAUUAUUGGGAAAUUAAAAGUCAAGAAAUUAACUAUUCAUCUAUAUGUCAACAAUUUUUCAAAGCAUUACUUAAAUCUUUUGUGAUUUCAGUGAAACCUUAUUAUUACACUGAAGAAUCGAAUGAUUUUUUCAAUCCGAAUUUAACUGAUUUACAAGUGAAAGCUGAACAACAAAUUAUUGAUUUGUCAACUGAAAUAAAAAAUUAUCAAAUUCAACUUGGUAGAUUCAAUGAAAAACUGAAACAGCAUCAUUUCGACGCUGAUAAUUAUAUUGGUAGUAAUAGUAAUGAUGAUAAUAAGAAGCGAAUAAGUGAUCAAGUGAGUUCAUGUUUGCAAAUUUGUUAUAUCAUUCCUACAUUUUUAUGCAUAAGAAUGUUGUACAAUUCAAGACCUCGAUCUUAA